AUGGAACCCACGACACCCACUAAUGAAGAUGUGGACAUGAUGAAUCUUCCCAACGAUAACGAGCCAGUUUAUGCUGAGCCCCCUCCUCGUCUUGCUGCGCGCUUCUGUCGGAAAUCCAAUACUCGCCGGAAAUCCUCUGCGAAUUCCUCCCGUCGAAGCUCGUUGUCCUCCAUCCACUCUCACUCUUCUGCACUUUCUAGCCAUGGCGGCCCCAACACCACCCAUAUUGCUCAACAUCUCCGACGAGCCUCCAUUAUUGAAAGUCGAAAAGCCCGUCUCGCGGAUAGGGCAGCUCACGCAGAACAGGUCAGAUUGAGAGCAGCCGCAGCCAAGGCAUCUCAACGCGUGUCUUAUAGCGAAGAGAAGGCCAUAGCAGCACAGGCAGCUCGAGAAAAGUUACUUGCAGAGAUCACAGCGCGAUGUGAAGAAGAGGUCAAGCGGGCCAAGAAAAUUGCUGAAGAAACAAGAGAGAAGAAAGCGGCGGAAUUGGCCCGACUGAAGGAGGAAAUGGCCGAGAAGUUUGCAGAGGCAGCACGGCGGAAAUCGAUUUAUCAACAAGGCAUACGCAGGCCGAGGACCACUUCAUUGGCAGCCGUCGAAGAGAAAAAGAUUCUGCCGACUGUGCUCAAACGUUCGAAUCGUGUUUAUGCGGCAAAGGUCAUCCAACGAUCCUGGAGGCGGUACCGCGAACGCAAGAUCAUGAAUGCCUUUGGUGCGCUUGAAUUGGACUUGAGCCGUGCCAAAGCCCUAUCUUUCGAAGAGUUAACAAAGUUGCUCUCCAUGGAAAAGACGACAGAAGUUACUUCCUCGGUUCUCAAACAUCUCGGUGUCCUGGAAGACGUCCAAGAGGAUUCCGGCGCUGUACGCGUUUUCCUCAGUGCUUACCUGGUUUUGGCACAUCCGAUGCAGGCCCUCAGUCACGGUGGUAACCAACCCCAAGAACAGGAGCUGAUGAACAAAGCGGCCUCUUUGGUGGAAUUAUUCGAGUCUUACAUGACGGCUGUUCCACGGGAGGUGAUGUCCAGUUCAAGCAAAGACGCCAUGUCAUUUGCCUUCAAUGAUUUCACGUCGACGUUUCAUGCGUGGAAGAGCCAGGAUUUGGGAGUCUUGGUUGAUAUCAUGGUCAGUUCAUUUGUCAAUCUCGAUUUGAUUCUACAAGCGACCACACACGACCACGACGGACAUGUUGCCGAAGACUAUCUUGACGCAGUCCGGCAGGAGCAAAUAAAAUUGCUGGCUAGGUUGAAAAGGCUUGCCGGCCCAGAAGAGGCCCUUUCAAGAGUCAGAGUCGCCGUGAGGAAGGCACGGAAACAACGAGCCGCCGAUCAGCGAAAGAAAGCGGCGGGACAAGUCCCCCGCGCUUCGACUCCCACCAGCGAAGGGCUGAGCGGUGCUCAAGGGGCUCCAAUUACACCGCCUGCUUCUCCCCGACCAGAUCGUCGAGACCAAGAACCACGAGCCUUGUCCUUUGCCGACAGUCUCGGACGGAUCAUGACCGUGUUGCCAUCCAACCGCGAGAUUGCUCACGAAAUACAAAUAAACGGCAAUUUUGAGGUACAGCAACGACCAUGGACAGAUGCGCGGAAAGACCUGAUGAAUUCUCUUCGUUCGGGCAUGCGAAGCAGCAUGCAAGAUGGAAGCACCGAAGCCAUUGCUCGAUGGACUCAUGCAAUGGCAGUGCUCGUUCGUGAGAAGUUGAUGAAUUUGAUCAGUCCACGGCAUCCUCUUUACGACCGGAUUGAUGGCUUCCUAGAUCCUGCCUUGAUCAAUCAGCAAUGUCGUAAUGGCAUGUUUUCAUAUGACUCUUUCUUCGAAACCAUUGCGGGGUUGAUUGCCCAAAUCUGCUCGCCCGGUCGAGAUGAGAACGUGAGAGCAUUUACCGCAAACACAGCCAGUGACACCAUUGACCGCCUCCUUGAACUCAUCAACAUCAUCGAUCUGAUGACGUUGGACCACAUCAACUUCCAGUUCAGACUGGCUUCUCGAUCCGUCCUCGAGCGCGGCCAUGAGCAUGAGAUAGCUUUGUUUGAGCGAGAUCUUCAAGACGGGGUCCACGCAUUGGAACGAACCAAGCAGUGGUGGGCAAAUGCCAAGUCCCAUGUGACGGGGCCAAACACGAACGGCAACGUUCUUUAUGCGCGAGGAUUGGCUGAUACGGUAUUGGGCAACUCACAUCUCUCCUAUCGCAACCUUCCGGAGACCCUGCAACUCGAUUACGUUCGUUUGCUAAAGUUGAGGGCGAGGGCAUUCCAAAUGGUGGCGACGUCCUCAAUACUUCUCACUACGAAGAUCCGGCUCAGGCGGAAUCGAGAAUCGCUUUGGACGAAAGAUGCCGAACGACUCAUGUCGUUAGACCUUUUGACCACUGAUAACAGUCGCGUUGUUUCUUUCAUCGAAUCUUCCCAUAUGAUGCCAGAUUCGACCAAAGAGGGUUUGUCCAAUUUUGUCGAGCGAGUCCUUCCUCCUGCCAUCGCCGCAGCACAGGUUGCAGACUCGGCUGAACAAGACCGACAAGAUGCUAUCCACAGUCAAUCUAAAUACGAUCCAUCAGAUGCCGAGUCUGACGGGUCGAACAUGGGAGAUGUGUUCACCGAACAGAUUGCCACUUUCUUGCUGAAAUCAUUGCGAGAACACGUCUUUGCCAGGCUCUCAGCCGGUGGGACUGCCGAAAGAGUACGAACAACGACGAGUGCAGGAGAAUUUCUUGCGAGAGUUGGAAUGCCCGAAUACCUGGAAGAAGUCAAUCGACUGGUAGACGGGCUUGAAAGAAUUCGAUCGGUCGACCUCAAAGCUCAUGAAAGAUGGUACGAUCAAAUAGCGGCUGAGGUAUCUUGA